AUGAAGCGGGAGGAAGCCCUCCACUUAACCAAUCAUCAUUACCGACUUUACACUUCCAUCAGGCCGGUGGUCGACUGUUCUCCGCCCGUCUCUAUGUACAGUAGUCCGAAGAGUAAGAGUAAUAGGUAAAUUAGUUGUGCCCUUUUAGGUGUCCAUUAUAAGCCAUUUCCCAUGAGACGACCCGCCAGUUGCCAGGCUCUUGCAAAGUAUGUUCCAAAUGGUCAAAUGUAAUAUUCCUUUUUAGAAAACAUGGGAAGGAAGAGUUAAAUCACUUUCUCUCAAGGAAGAACCAGGAAAUCACUCCAAUUAAUCUUGGUUUUAAUGCAUUUGCCAGAUCCACAUCAGUCCUCAAUCUGAGCGAAAUAAAAAAGGAAGGCACGAUGAAUAGAGUAAGGCCAUUUAUAUUAAUCAUCAUCUUUAGAUCCAAUCCAAACUUUUAAACAGUCGAGUUUAUCAACCUCCAAUCAAGGUAGAGAAGCCCCCAAAACCUCCAAGCCAACGAGACUACGCAACAAAUGAUGUGCAGUAUCGCGCGGUACCUGAGAAAACAGAACAAAAACGACGGAAUGAGAGAUUGAGCAGUCAUUACUACAGAUUCAAGGACUAUGUUCUCGACCUGAUUAUACUCAGAGGAGUGUUCACAGACAGGUAAGUGAACUAUUAAUUUUAAAUCACAUUUGCAGUGUCAUCAUGGAGUGUUUUGCUCAAGAGAUCGAGAAGCGAACAGAUUUAGAUAAGGUAAAGCCGACCUAAAUUAAUAUAUUUUACAUAAUUUUAGAACAAAAUGGAAUCAAUCAUGUAUGAUACCUUGGCUGAUCUAGGAGUAAAAUCAUCCGGCAGCGAAGCGAAAAGAAGUGCCGCCAAAGUAAAACUGAAUGUAAGAAGAUCCGGUUCAUUGUAAGUUAGCUAUCCAGUAUAAUAUAUCGUGAUACCAAUAGAUCCUCUUUGUCUUCCGGACGUGGUAGCAGUACCCCACAGUCUUCUGCGUCCUCAAAAAAAUCAAAGGAUGACUAUCAAUCAGAUUCGUCUACCCGAAGCAACGUCUCAAAUUCCAGUCAGAAUACCGUGUUUACAGUGUCCCCGGUGUCUUCAAAGUCGGUUCAAAGCGAAGAAUUAAGUGAACAACUGUCCGCAAAUAGCCUAGGAAGUCAUUAA